AUGCGUGCCCACAAAUGUUAUGACCUCAUUCCUACAAGUGCCAAACUUGUGAUAUUUGACACGCAGUUAAUGGUGAAGAAAGCCUUUUUUGCUUUAGUCUACAACGGAGUCCGUGCUGCACCUUUAUGGAAUAGUGAGAAACAAGACUAUGUUGGAAUGCUUACCAUUACAGAUUUUAUUAGCAUCCUGCAAAAGUAUUACAAAUCUCCUUUGGUACACAUGGAUGAACUUGAGGAACACAAAAUUGAUACCUGGAGAGAAGUGUUGAAGGAUAAACAAAAACCAUUUGUCCAUAUAGAACCUGAUGCCAGUCUUUUUGAGGCAAUCAAGACAUUAAUAAUGAAUCAUGUUCAUAGACUUCCUGUGAUUGACAAAGCCACGGGCAAUGCUAUCUAUAUCUUAACCCACAAACGGAUUCUUAGGUUUAUGUAUCUCUAUAUCAAUGACCUCCCUAAGCCAGACUUUAUGAACCAAACUUUGGACGAACUUAACAUUGGAACAUAUAACAAUAUCAUUACUGCAACUCAAGACACACCAAUCAUCAAAGCAUUGAAUUUGUUUGUAGAGCAUCGGAUUUCAGCUCUUCCCGUUCUUGACAAACAAGGAAAAGUAGUCGACAUUUAUGCAAAGUUUGAUGUGAUUAAUCUUGCUGCUGAAAAGACGUACAACAAUUUGGAUGUGACGAUAUCACAAGCAUUAAAUCAUAGAACUGCCGGAUUUGAAGGAGUUGUAAAGUGCCGUGGAACAGAAACUCUUAGCACCAUAAUGGAAAGGAUUGUUAUGGCUGAAGUUCAUCGGUUGGUAGUUGUUGAUGAAGACGACCAUGUGAAAGGCAUGUUAUCUUUGUCUGAUCUCCUCACCUUCUUAGUUCUGAAACCUAUGGGUCUGGAUCCUGAGAAGCCAGAGUAA